CAUGGCAACCUCUUUGAAGGUGGGAGUGUGUCUUCUUCUUGGACUAAGGGAACUUUAUGGUUAGAAGGCAAAGAAAACCCAUGUCACUGACUCAGUUUGCCUGGGAUUGAGUCAGGAACCAAACCACUCCUGUCCAAGAUAACGUGAAGUUUUCUAUUUCUGCAUUUAGCAGUAGAUACUGUCAGAAGUACAGAAAAUAUUGACACAUGGACAAUUUUUGAGAUUGAAGUGAGAGCACAAGCAUUGUAUGGUAAGGUCUGCAUGCUAGAGUUGGCUUGGGCGUUGGACUGACUGUAUGUGCUGGCGUGGGCACCGUUUCCAGCCGUGUCCCUGCACAUAGCUUUAGUAUUUUUCAGGGCCUCUAAAUCAUUCUUGUGCUUUCGUUAUUUAUUUUGAUACAGAUGUCCAGAACCCAUUUCAGACCCCGCCAUGUCAGUCUUUUUGUCAGUCUUUUUGUGGGUGGUGACAGCCUGCAUCUUUUCGAAAAUAAGCUUCUAGGUGACUGACACCUUUUAUGUGUACCUGUGGCUCCCAGGCACAUUGGUUGCUUUAGAACCCUCGGGCAGGACAAUCUCCAAUUAGGAAUCGAUGGACCUGGUGUCGAUACUACACUGACGUUUUACUAAACAAUAGUAAGGGACGCGUUGAGAGGGAUCAAAUUCCAGGCGGCGCUAGUGCAACGUGUCCACAGUGCACAGAGCUGGACCAGGGCCUGGCUGCAGCUCCUUCACUCCGGGCGCGAGACCGGGUCGGCCGUGUACGAGCACGCACUAGCUUGGGCCAUGCGCGCACGCGCACGCUGGCGCCUUCCUUGGGCGCCGGGUCUCAGCGCCGCGCGCAACAAAUGGAGUGGGUGCUUGCGGAAGCGCUGCUCGCGCAGAGCCGGGACCCCCGGGUCCUGCUCCGGACUCUGUGCCGCGGGGAGGCGUCCGCAGAGCGUGUGGAGACGCUGCGCUUCCUCCUGCAGCGGCUCGAGGACGAAGGGGUGCGGGGCGGCGGGGACGCGCUCUCGGAGGCGGCGCGCGAGGUGGCAGCCGGCUACCUGGUGCCGCUGCUGCGUGGCCUACGCGCGCGCCCAGCAGGAGCCCCGGACACUGCGGCCCCGCAGGCCCGCGGGCGCGUGCUGAGGGCGGCGGGCGCGGCCCUGCGCUCCUGCGCGCGCCUGGUGGUGGGCCCGCCGCCCCUGGCGGCCGCGCUGGCAGAGGAGGCGCUGCGCGACCUCCUGGCCACGGGCCCCACGCCGGGCCUCGAGGGGGGAGCCGAGGCAGCCGUGGAGGUGCUGGCGGCCGUCGGGCCUUGCUUGCGAUCCCGUGAGGACGGGCCGCUGCUGGAGCGCGUGGCGCAGGCUGCGCUCCUCCUGGCGCUGGCAGGGGACGGGGAGGCAGCGGCGCUGGCGGCCGGGCGGCUGCUGCCGGUGCUGGGCCAGGGCGGCGCGGCGGUGCUGCGGGCCGUGUGGGGCGGGCUGGUGGCACCCUCGGGGCCGGACCACGUGGACCUGAGGCUGCAAGUGCUGAGCGCCUUGGCAGAGCGGCUGCUGCCGGAGCCCUUCGCCAACGAGCCGGGUCCGGAUGCGCGCUGCUGCUCGCAGUUCUGGCGGACGGUGCAGGCGGGGCUGGGACACACCGAGGACGCGCUGACGCGCAAGCGCGCACGCUACCUGCUGCAGCGGGCUGUGGAGGUGUCGGCGGAGCGGGGUGCCGACUGCACCUGCGGCCCCUGGGAAGGAAACGGCCCAAGUCUGUUUUGGUGGUCUGAGAAGAAAAAAGAUGAGCUUCUAAAGUUUUGGGAGAACUAUAUUUUAAUUAUGGAAACUCUAGAAGGAAAUCAGAUCCAUGUUAUAAAGCCAGUUUUACCAAAGCUGAACAGUCUGUUUGGAUAUGCAGUGUCAGAGGAAAACGCAUGUUGGAUCUUUCACCCAUCCUGGCACAUGUGUAUUUAUAAAAGAAUGUUUGAAAGUGAAAAUAAAAUCCUGACCAAAGAAGGUGUUAUUCAUUUUUUAGAGCUCUAUGAGACAAAGGUUCUUCCAUUUUCACCGGAAUUUUCUGAGUUUAUUAUUGGACCAUUAAUGGAUGCACUUUCAGAGAGCUCUCUAUAUAGCAGGUCCCCAGGCCAACUGAUAGGAAGUGGUUCUCCACUGGGAUUGAAAUUACAGAAGUUUUUAGUUACUUAUAUUUCCCUUCUUCCAGAAGAAAUAAAAAGCAGUUUCCUGUUACAGUUUAUUCAGAAGAUGACAAGUAGACAUUGGUGUGCUGUUCCCAUUUUGUUUCUAUCGAAGGCUUUGGCCAGUGUCCCAAGAUGUAAAGCCCUGGGUCUAGAAGGGCUUCUUGCCCUCAGGGAUGUUCUUCAGUGUACCAUGAUCACCCAUCAGAUUCUGUUGAGGGGAGCAGCUCAAUGCUAUCUUCUUCAAACAGCUCUGAAUUUGGUAGAUGUGGAGAAAGUGUCACUUUCUGAUGUCUCAGCUUUUCUCAUGUCACUCAGACAAGAAGAGUCCUUAGGACGAGGAACCUCAUUGUGGACAGAGCUCUGUGAUUGGUUACGUGUUAAUGAAAGUUGUUUUGGGCAGUCCUCAACCUGUACCUCCUUUGGACUUCACGAGACAUCAUCUUUAAAUGCUUAUGUAAAGAACCUAGUUCAAGAGUAUAUGAAGGCUCCUGCUUGGGAAACAGAAGAAAAGUGUGGUAUGCCUGACUGGUCGGAGGCCAGACUUGUUGCUCUGAUGGUCUUGCUGGCUGUAGACGUGGAAGGAACGAAGAGCCCAUACAGUGAAAAGCGGAUAACACAGAAUGUACUGAGGAUAUUCUUAGAUCCUCUUCUGGAUGCCCUUAUGAAGUUGGGUACAAAUGCCUACAUGCCCUUGCUGAAAACUGACAGAUGCCUCCAGCUGCUGUUGAAGUUAUUGCACACUUGCUUGUUCAAAGGUUCCAGUACCCAAGAUGAUGAGGUGUUUACUCUGCUUCAGAACUUUGUCAUGUCUGCUACAGAGAGCAUCUCUGACUUUAUCCUCAGAAGAUUUACUAUGAAUGAACUAAGUAGUGUUUCAGACCUGGAUCGUUGCCAUUUAUACCUGAGGGUCCUAACUGAGCUGACACAACUCCAUCUGAAGGUGGGGUGGAAGGGCGGUAAUCCCAUCUGGAGAGUUAUUUCUCCUUUGAAAAACACGUCCAUUCGGCAUCUUCAAGACACAGACAGUGGACAGGAGCCCACACUUGAGAAGCAGAUCCAGAGAUUGGUCAGUAUGGCUGCCUUGGCCAUGGUGUGUGAGGCCACUGACCAGAAGCCGGAACUCCAGUUGGACUUUCUGGAUGCUGGGCCCAUGGAAAGGUUCCUCGCGUCCCUUCAGCUCAACCAGACGCUGCAGAAGCCCCACCCAGAGGAGCAGAGCAGUUUUUUUGAAGAGUCAUCAUCUUCCCAAGGAUGGGGGAAAAUAGCCGCACAGUACAUUCAUGACCAGUGGGUCUGCCUCUCUUUUCUGUUGAAAAAGUAUCACGCCCUUAUACCAGUGUCAGAGGGUGAGCACCUGGAACUCAUUCUACCUGCUGUUCAAAUGCCAGGAAGGACCUUGCAAUCUGCACUAGAUGCCCUCACAAUUCUUCCUUCUGAUCAAGUUUUACCUGUCUUCUGCUGCAUGAAAAUUUUGGUUCCCAAGCUUCUGGCCUCCUCUGAAUCACUCUGCAUAGAGGCUUUUGACAUGGCUUGGAAAAUUAUAUCUUCUUUAAGCAACACUCAGCUGAUAUUCUGGUCUAAUUUAAAAGCUUUUGUUCAGUUUGUUUUUGAUACCAAAGUUCUUACCAUUGCCGCAAAAAUCAAAGGCCAAGCAUAUUUCAAAAUAAAAGAGAUUAUGUACAAGAUGAUUGAAAUGUCUGCUGUAAAAACUGGAGUCUUUAAUACACUGAUUAGUUAUUGCUGCCAAUCUUGGAUGGUUCCUGCUUCAAGUGUGUCCCAAGGCUCUUUAUCAAGUGCUAACAAUUAUAGUGAACUUGUCCUCGAGGCUUGUAUAUUUGGAACUGUGUUUCGGCGUGAUCAAAGACUCAUUCAGGAUGUACAGACCUUCAUAGAAAAUCUUGGACACGAUUGUGCGGCAAAUGUUGUUAUUGAAAAUACUAAAAGAGAGGACCACUAUGUCAGAAUCUGUGCUGUCAAAUUCCUGUGUUUAUUAGAUGGCUCAAAUAUAUCUCAUAAGUUGUUUAUGGAAGAUCUUGCAAUCAAGCUAUUAGAUAAAGAUGAAGUGGUGUCCAAGUCUAGAACUCGAUACUAUGUGAAUUCUCAGCAACACAGGGUGAAAAACCGCAUAUGGCAGAUUCUGCUCGUACUUUUCCCCAGUUUUGAUCAGAAUUUCUUGAAUAGAAUUAUUGACAAGAUUUUCCAGGCUGGUUUCAUCAAUAAUCAAGCAUCCAUAAAAUAUUAUAUAGAAUGGAUUAUUAUAUUGAUUCUUCAUAAAUUCCCUCAAUUUCUUCCGAAGUUCUGGGAUUGUUUUUCUUAUGGUGAAGAAAACCUUAAAACAAGCAUUUGUACAUUUUUAUCAGUUUUGUCACAUUUGGACAUCAUUACUCAAAAUAUUCCAGAAAAGAAAUUAACUCUGAAGCAAGCCCUUUCUGCUGUGCUGCAGUGGUGUUUCCAUCCCAAUUUCAGUGUUCGAUUGUACGCGCUGGUUGCUCUUAAGAAAAUCUGGAGCGUGUGUAAAAUGUGGCAUAUUGAAGAAUUUGGUGCUUUGACUUCCAUUGUUGAAUCCAGUCUUAAUCAAGUGGAAAACAUGCAUGGAGUGGGGAAUGCCAAGAAGAAUUGGCAGCGCAUCCAGGACCAUUUCUUUUUUGCAACAUUUCACCCACUUAAGGAUUACUGUCUGGAGACUAUCUUUUACAUCCUCCCACGCCUCUCAGGCCUUGUUGAAGACGAAUGGAUUGCCAUUAAUAAAUUCACCAGAUUCACUGACAUCCCUUUAGAUGCAGGACUUCAGUGGUACCUUUCUCCAACGCAGCUUCGCGAACUAAAACCCGGCGACUGGGCUCAGGAGGACAUAGGUUCUAACUCAGGCGAAGCAGAGAACCAACCCGAGUGGACUGAUGUUCAGAAGAAGAUCACCCCAGGGAAAAACAAUGUUCCUGAUGCAGACCCGGAGCUAGUAUUUCCGGAUCGUGCUGCCAAGCUUGGGAAGUCCAUGAGCAGGCUGAUUGUGGUGGCAUCGCUCAUCGAUAAACCAACUAAUUUAGGAGGACUGUGCCGCACCUGCGAGGUGUUCGGGGCCUCGGCGCUCGUCGUCAGCAGUCUCCAGAGUAUAAACGACAGGCAGUUCCAGCACCUCAGUGUCUCGGCCGAACAGUGGCUUCCUUUAGUGGAGGUAAAACCACCUCAGCUGACCGAUUAUCUGCAACAGAAAAAAUCAGAAGGUUACACCAUCAUUGGUGUGGAACAAACUGCCAAAAGUGUAGACCUCACCCAGUACUGCUUUCCUGAGAAAUCUCUACUCUUGUUGGGAAAUGAACGUGAAGGAAUUCCAGCAAAUUUGAUCCAGCAGUUGGAUGUUUGUGUGGAAAUCCCUCAGCAGGGUAUCAUCCGCUCGCUUAACGUCCACGUGAGUGGAGCCCUGCUAAUCUGGGAAUAUACCAGGCAGCAGCUGCUGCGCCAGGGGGACCCCAGCCACCAAGUCCGUGCCUUUUCCGAGACGAGUUACUGGUUUGGACAAAUGAAAUAGAUUCUGAACUUACUGUAAUAAUUUGUAUUUUUUUCUUGCAAUUUAAUGCCAAAACUUUUUCAUGUGCCUUAAAUAUACUGCUAUAUUUUGUCCCCUUUAAUAAACAUUUUUAGCUAAAUUGUACGACUUCGUUAGUAAAAUAUUUUAAGCAAUUGUGGAAAUCAAACAAUGUAUUUUAAAAAGAUAAUUUCUUUCCCAGAAACUAGUGUUGUCAGAAACGUAGACUAUAAUGGGAGUAAGGCAGCAUUACGCGGCUCUGAUCUGAGUACCACAGCUUACGUCACAGGCGGUGCGGGGUGCCACAGCUUACAUCGUAGGCGGUGCGGGGUGCCACACCUUACGUCAUAGGCGGUGCGGGGUGCCACACCUUACGUCGUAGGCGGUGCGGGGUGCCACAGCUUACUUCAUAAGGAGGCGUGGGGUUUGGAAGCAGAGGUUCUGUUUGAGGAGCAGUGGGCCUCUUCUGCUGCUUUGUAGCUACCUACUCCCAGGGAGGAAACA